GAGGGACAUGUCGAGGAAUGUAAAAUUAUACAAUCCAAUUCACAGUCAAUCAAUCAAUUAAUCCAUUGAGCUUUGCAAGUUCUUCUUCUACUUCUUUUAUUAUAUAAUUUCGUUAAUCCUAACCAGCCAAUAUGAUUCUUUCCCAGAUCUGCACGAUUUUGCCUCUCCUCGUUAGCCUGGCAUUGGCCGGCGACCUGAACGUUAAACGAGACAUGUCUGUUGCCGCGACCAAAGGAUACAAGGAUGGCCAGUUUGUCUGGACUUCAAUUGUCGACCUUGAGAAGAAGGAGAAAGUGUUGCCCGAAGAGAUGGUCAAGAUUGCGCACGAAGCGAGCAAGGAGAUGCAAGCGGACUUUGGUUCGGUCCCGGAGGCCAAGCAGCCCUCGAUCAUGACGGCCAUGGAAAUCGACAACCGAAUUUACCUGGCCUCGUCAAUGAAGGGCGACUACUCCUUCAUCUACGACUUCAAGACGAAGGAUAAGGGCGGCAAAGUCGGCAACGGAAGCAUCAGGAAGGGUGUUCCGAAGGAAAUCGCUGACGCACUCGGAGAUGCUCAGUCAACAGGUAGCGGCGAGGACCGGAACAAUGUUCAGCACAAAAAUGAUGCUUCGUGUGGGGAGCUGAUGGCCAGCUACACCUACCUGUUGAAGAACAGCGGGCAGAGCCUGAAGAACAAGAAGCCGAAGCAGACAAUUGCAUGGCUUUACACCAAAACCAAAGAUGGCAAGAUUGUGGAGCAAGCUCAUAACCCUUGCGGCACUAAAGAAAAUGCCUGGGGAUGCGAUCUCUUCUGCCACCACAUGGGCUUCACCCCUAUUAAUGUCGACACUGAGGAAGCCUGUGACCUGCCCAAGAUCGCCAAUACCGAGCAGCAGCAGCUCAUGACCAAGGAAUUGAGAGCACAACUCGAUGCGAUGAACAAGGAGACGGAUGAGGCGAACAAGGAGAAGCAGAAGGAAAAGAACAAGAAGAAGCAGGGUGACGAGGGGAAGAACAAGGGCCAGAAGAAGGAGGAGGACGACAAGAAGGGCAAGGGAGGAAAGAAGGCUCGCUUUUGGUCGGUAUAGAUCUCUCUAUCAGUGGAUGAUGGUUUGGCGUUCAAGGGAUUGUUUUAGGGGUUUGAAAGGCCCGUGCUUUAGACGUGUUCCCGGUACCGGAUAAUUUGAAGUUUUGGUGAUUUCUUUGGAGUGUGCUUAUUUGGAUUAGAAUAGAUGGAUAACUGAAUGAACGAUCUAUAUGUGCUUAAGCCUGAAUGUCUUGGUUCUUGAGAUAUCUUGCUGUGUGUGACUUAACGUAAUUCCCGAGCCACCCGGCCACCCGGGCCACCCGGCCACCCAUCCAUCUACUAUCUACUUUAUUGGCAUAUUUAUCAACCACAACACAGUAAUAUUGACUAUAUUAUCUUUCU